AUCAAUAUAAAGUAUCUAUCUAUCUAUUAAAUGUAGGCUCGUAAAGUUAGGCUAUAUUCAUUGCAUUCGACUUGGAGUGAGGGCUUCCAUAUACGUUUUGACAGUUUUUGUCUUAACCACGCCUUGUUUCUGAACAGCAGUGUUGUAUUGGCCAAAAAGCCGGACAACGGGGCCACAUUGGCUGUUUUUUUCAUAGGGGUCCCAAAGAACUCAGAGAUUUGGAAUAUUGGGUUACAGUGUGGCAAAAUGGCGACUGUCAUUCAAAAUCCACUGAAGUCGUUGGGCGACCAGUUCUACAGGGAGGCCAUCGAGCACUGCCGCAGCUACAACGCCAGGCUGUGCGCCGAGCGCAGCGUCCGAAUGCCCUUCUUGGACUCGCAGACGGGCGUGGCCCAAAACAACUGCUACAUCUGGAUGGAGCGGCGCCACAGGGGCCCAGGCUUGGCUGCGGGGCAGAUGUAUACCUACCCAGCCCGCUGCUGGAGGAAGAAGAGGAGGCUGCACCCCCCUAUAGAUCCUCAACUGCGCCUCUGUGAGCUGCGCCUCGAGGCCGAGCUGAUGGCCAAGAAGGAGACGCCCCCGGCGGAGGCCACUGCUCUGGAGGCUCUGCUGAGAGGAGAGGGGCUGCUGGACAAGAGGAGCAACGCUGCCAAGGAGGAGGAGACCCUGCUGGAGAUCCAGAGGGUCCUGGAUGCAGAUGAAAACGGGGACGGUUUCCAUGACGAUGACGACUUUGAAGUGGACACCCCUAAGAGGAAGCAUCGAAAUAAAGGCAGAACUCGGGGAAGCGGACGCCGGAGGACUGAAGCCGCCACCGGUGAUGACCAGGACAAGCCCUACGUCUGCGAUAACAGAUACAAACAAAAGCAUAACUCAAAAUCUGCCGACUCAGUCUGCGGCAAGCGCUACAAGAACCGGCCGGGUCUGAGCUACCACUACACUCACACACACCUGGCGGACGAGGAGGGCGAGGAGGAGCGCGAGGCCGACCUGUCACAGUCGCCACCGCCACAUCGCCCUGAAAACCACAAACCUCAGAAGGCACCUGACGGUACCAUCAUUCCUAAUGACUACUGUGACUUCUGCCUGGGCGACUCGGACUCCAACCGGAAAACGGGACAGGCGGAGCAGCUCGUGUCCUGCUCGGACUGUGGACGCUCCGGCCAUCCGACGUGUUUGCAGUUCACAGAGAACAUGAUGCAGGCCGUUCGGACCUACCAGUGGCAGUGCAUCGAGUGCAAGUCCUGCAGCCUGUGUGGCACGUCCGAGAACGAUGACCAACUGCUCUUCUGCGAUGACUGUGACCGGGGCUACCACAUGUACUGCCUCAAGCCCCCCAUGACCCAGCCCCCCGAGGGAAGCUGGAGCUGUCAUUUGUGUCUGGACCUGCUAAAGGACAAGGCCUCAGCAUUCAGCGAGACCUAGGUGCAUCGGGCAGUGGAGCGGGCAGUGUAGCGGUAGCACGGAGAAGCCUCGUGUUCCCCACGGCACCAGUCAACACACACAACAUUCAGGCCACGUACACACUCUUAGGGAUGUACAGUACAAAAUAAGACACCACCUAUAAAGAAGUGUCACUGUAAUUCUUAUGACCCAUAUAAACCCACUCAAUAGUAUACAUUGAUGCAUACAUUUCCCUGUAAGUGUACAGAUAUUCCCCUAUAAGUAUACAGUGUGUGAACAGACACACACACACACACACACACACACACACACACACAAGAUCACACAGAGAGACACACACACACACACACCCUUAAAAAUGCAUCCAAUAGGCUCAGGGCAGAUUUUCCUUUUCACCUUGUUCUGUAGUGCUCAUCCAUCUGGCCAAGAGACUGUCUACCUCUGCAAACACCUGUCACACGCGACCACGCACCAGGACAUCCGUGGAUCUCACACACUACCUCACGCCGGUUUUCACUGCUCGUCAUCACAAGUCCAAACUGUUGACAUAAGGUCACUACAGAUGUUGAUAUCACAAACACUCAUUCGGUGCGUUCGGCUCAUCCUUUGCUAGUGAGGGAUGUUCGCCUGGCAGGUCCUCUUUAGUAGUGUUUCUCAUAUCUGGGCUUUUGAGAUUUAUUUGACGUGUUGGGUGGGAGAUGGGGAGAGCUGGGCAACGUCGGGCUGAUUAGGCGAUUAGCGCAUCCCAGAGUGCCGGGCCAUGUUGCAGCUCUCUAACUCACUGCCCUUCUUUCUUGUGUUAGACCCCCGACUUGCCAGAUGUGAAACAAAGGUGCCAUAUUUCAGUGGGUGGGGGAACUGAAAGUGUUCUUCCUGAAUAGUCAGUUCUGUUUGUCUUAAAAAAAGAUUUGUUCUUUUUCAGAAUAUCUUCAUCAAAGUACCCUUUUUUUAAUUAUAGACACAUCACAGAUAACGGAACAAGCAGUACAGUACAGUGCACUCCAGUUGUACCGGUAUUAGUAGCCUACACCAACCCACGGAUACAUUUUCUGUAAUAUAUAAUAGUGAAUGUUAAAAACCUCCUGACAGAACUACACACACACACACACACACACGUCCUAUCAACAGCUUCCUAAAAUCUCACUACCCCACUCACUCUGGAACAGCAUCCCAGCAUGACUCAUUUUAGUGAAUUACAGAAGACAGCUGACAAAAUGACUCACAGAAACA